AUGGCCGCCCCUCCUCUGUUUUUCGGCGUCCCGAUGCCUCCUCUGCUUCAGGGCGCGGGCACCGCAGCCGCCGCCCUGGAUCCGGCCGCCCUGCCCGUCCCUGCGCGCCGGCGCCACCCACGACCCCUGCGCCGAGCCGCCCGCGCCCCUGCGGGUCCAUGCGCAGCACAUACGGAGCAGUCCGCGCCGGCCACGGGACUAGCGGCACCCUGCGUGCCUGCCUGCCUGUCCGCGCCGCGCGAGAUACGGGUCUGGGCGCCGGCACAUGCGCAUUCGCCCGUGUGGCCGCCACAGGGUGCCGCCGCCGCCCCUACCGUCCCUUGGCGCGCGCCUGCGCCUCACGCGUCCGACGCGUGGCCGCCCUAUGGCGCCGUCGCCGCCCCUACCACUGGAUCCGUGGGCGCGUGGCCACCCCUCGCGCCGACCGUGCCUGCGCCCGCGACGGCCGUGCUGGCCAUGGCGCGCGUGCCCGCGCCCACACCGAACGCGCCCGCGUGGCCUGCGUUCAGUAUGCCCCCAACGCUGCUGCGGCCGACGCUCCUCUCGCCGCGGCCCUCCUCGCCGCCAUGUCUGAGGCUGCGGUGGCUCAGGAGUGGCAAGCCAGGCCGUGGCAUCCUACUCGACCUGACGCACGUCGGCGCCCGCGGUCUUCUCGCGGCGGCCGACCGCGUCCGCCGCGCCUUCGUGUGA